UACUCUACACUUCCCAUUCAUAUAUACAAUCUCAAAAGAUGAAGAGUCACUACACAAACAUCAUUUAUGUUGUUUUUCUCUUAUUUUGUCUUUUGAUCACAUCUUCCUCUGCACAAUCCCUCAUACGACAACCCACUGAUGACCUAAGCACAAUUCUACAGCAGAAGAAUGGAGCGCAACCAAACUCAAUCCUGGGAGAAGCGCAUUACUUAAAUAAAGAUGAUCUAGAGAUCUAUUCACGUGAUUAUAAAGGCUCACCUUCAAAUUUAGUGACGGGUAUGAGAGACCGUCCUCCAAUGUCUUACUCUCUCAGAAUGGAGUCUUUCAACACGCUCCUUCAGUCAAAUGAGACAGAGAGAUACGAAUCUCGUCCUUUUCCCGUUGGUGGAUACAACUGGUCACUUAUUGUGUAUCCCAACGGGAACAGGCAGGAUAGUGGCUCAGGGUUCAUUUCGCUUUAUUUAGCCAUAGACAACUCGACUCUCGUUUCUUCGCAUCAAGAGGUUUUCGCAGAUCUCAGGUUUUACGUAUUCAAAAGGACCGAGAGGAAUUUCUUCACCGUCCAAGAUACAGAUGUAUGGCGAUAUAAUAUUUUCAAAACGAUGUGGGGAUUCCCUCGGGUCCUCCCUCUUGAUACCUUCAGAAACCCGAGCAACGGAUACCUCUUCAAUGGAGAUAACUGCGAGUUUGGUGUUGAUGUGACUGUUCAUUCUCCCUUUGAAAGUUCAGAACUUUUCACUGUCGCUAGGAAUUUCCCUAACCCGAGGUUCACCUGGACUAUUCAGAGGUUCUCCACGCUGGUCGGAGAUACGCAUCUCUCUAAUACGUUCUCGGUCGGAGGAAGGAAUUGGAAUAUACAAGUGAAUCCACGUGGCCGUUCAACGGGGGCGGGAAGAGCCAUGUCGAUGUAUCUUAUCCUUAAUGCGAACGAGAAAGUUAGACCCAAUGAGAAGAUUUAUGUUCGAGCAAGGCUUAGAGUUAUUAACCAAAGGAUAUUCUCGCUCUUGUGGACAACCAUCGAAAGGCCAAUCGAUCAUUGGUUCACUACUCCGGGAUUAGGUUGGGGAUACGAUGAGUUUAUCUCUCUAGAUGAUCUCAGAGAUUUUUGGAAAGGUUAUGUCAUGGGUGAUGUGUUGAUAGUUGAAGUCGAAAUGGAGGCAAUUUCUUCAACCAAGUACUUCCCUAGUUAGAUUUCUCUAACUAAGAAACUUUGUAGCUCUAAGUUUGUUUUAUUAUCAACCAACAAUAAUAAGAAAGGUAUGUGUUUGUGUUUCAAAUAAA